UGAGACUCACGUUUGCUGCUCAACGCUUGAUUCCGCAGUUCAUAUAAUUAGAGACCGCCUUUAGCCCGAAGCCAAAAUGUCUGGAGAAGAGCCUGUUGUUGUGGAGACACCAGUGCCGGUGGCUGCUCCCACCCUUGGUGAGCCUAUGGAUAUCAUGACGGCUCUGCAGCUUGUUCUCAAGAAGUCAUUGGCACACGGAGGUCUUGUUCGAGGCCUUCAUGAGGGUGCAAAGGCGAUUGAGAAGCAUGCUGCCCUCCUUUGUGUGUUGGCAGAGGACUGCGACCAACCAGACUACGUUAAGUUGGUCAAAGCAUUGUGUGCCGACCACAAUGUCAACCUUAUCUCCGUUGCAAGUGCCAAGACCCUGGGUGAAUGGGCUGGUUUGUGCAAGAUUGAUUCUGAAGGCAAGGCCAGGAAAGUUGUCGGGGCUGCUUGUGUUGUCGUGAAGGAUUUUGGUGAGGAAAGCGAAGGGCUCCAUAUCGUGCAGGAGUAUGUGAAGUCUCACUGAGAGGCUCUAAUUAUUGAAAAUGGGUUAAGGGGUUUAGGGAUAGAAGCUCUCAUUUAUUACGCUUUUAAUGGUUUCUUUGUUUUUGUUAUUUUCAACCGGAUUUC